CUUGCGCAUGUUUAUCAAUUGACAGCACACUUUCUUGUUAAGAUAGAAAUAAUAAAAGAUUCUGAUAUUUCGUCGUUAAUCAUGACGUUUGUUAAAGAGACCAUAACUUUUCUUCGCGAUCCUGAAGUUAACAAUGACUGGGAUUGGCAGAAACUUCGCCAGUAUUUUUGUGGCGUGGUUGAAAAAUUUUAUGAUGGACUUUGCAUUUUAAAAUCCGAAAACAAUGAAACGUCCAAUGAAAUGUCACUAGAGAUGCGAACUUUAAUUUUUAAAAUGAUUGAAGAAUGGUGUGGUCAUGGCAAGAAGGGUGUUCAAUACCGAGCGAAAGAAACAAGUAUGUUGACAUCGAUAAUGGAUCAAUACAGAGAUUCUGAAGAAAGGAGACCUUUAACCACACAAUUAGAAAGUGACAGAAAAGCGUUAGAAUUUGCUGCGCUAAGCGCUAUGGCUUCGUUAUGUCGUGGAAAUCUUGCUAAACAAGAUUCUGGAACAAAAAAGCAGUUGUUGGAUGCUGAAAGUGUGUUUCCUUGGAUACAGUCGGUGUUUGAGGAUCUGCAAGAUAGGCUACAUCCAAUUGCACGGAAAGCACUUAAGGGUUUGUUAAUUUCUAAUUCAAACACUCCGAAUUUUCUUGAAGUUCCAAUCCGACUAUGCUAUUCGGGAAAUCCAGCUAGUAAGAGCACCCAAGGGUAUUUUCUAGCAUUAGCUGAAGUUUUCUUUGAAAAUAAAGGCUACCCUUUUCAAGAUAAUCAACCCUCUAAUGUGCUGGCUUUAGCAUUGUUUAAAACUGGGGAUGCUGAUUUAGAAGUCCGUCAAAAUGCUCUAAAACUAUUAAAUAUUAUAGAAACAAGAUUUUAUAAGGAGAGUUGCACUGAUGAAUUUAAAGUCGGGAUUACCAGUCAACUAUCUUCUAUAUAUAAGCAAGCGCAACUUGCGUUAUCAACUCGUCUUGCGCAAAACGCUCGAAAAAGAGAUGAAGAAAAACGUAUUGCAAAUAUAAAUAACGAUGAUACUGAUAUUCGUGAAGAAACACAUUAUAUGUUAUCAGAGUCAUCAAUGAGAUUUGAGAGUAUUCCAGAAAAAGGCAAGAAAGAAAUGCUUCGUUAUUUAGCACCAUGGGUUCGGAACAUCGAAUUACGUUUUACUGAUAGAGGGGAAUUGCACCCGACAACUUUUAUAAUGAUAUCCAAUCUUUUUUUCAUAACUGUUAAGUAUGGUGAUAUAUUUGUCAGAGAAAUCGAGAAACUUUGGCAGCAGUUAGUUAUGGGAGAACAUGCUCGUAACAUUCGCGCAAUAGUCAAAUUCUUGAUUGAUGUUGGUUUAGAAAAACGGAAUCCAAUAUUUGUUUUUCAUGCAAAACGAGUUUUUGUUUACCUUGGACGUACACCUACUUGUGCGGCAGUUAUCGAAGCACUGAUUAAAGAAAUUACACCGAAAUCAAUGACUCCUCAACCAAAAGAAACUCUAGAACAUGAGAAUUAUAAUUUUAGUGGAAU